AUGUCAUUGAAGGUCACCCGCAAACCGCUGUCGCUGGAGGAGAAGGUGAAGAUCAUCCAACAAGCGAAGAAAGGAGAUAAGGCCAGUGACAUUGCAAGAUCAUGGUCGCGACCAGCGCAAACGAUCUACGCAGUUUUGAAGAAGAAGAAUAAGAAGGAGUUGAUGGAAGCAUGGGAGAGUGGUGAUCGGAGUAGCAAGACGAAGAGGAUCAGAACGUCGAAAUGGCCACAGCUUGGUGAAUUGCUGUAUGACUGGCUGGUUCGAGCACGUGCUGCGAACAUCACUGUAACGGAUGAGAUUCUGUCCAUUGAAGCGAAGAAGCUGGCAUCAGGGCUGGGGUUGUCAGAUGACGAUUUCAACGCUAGCCACGGUUUUAUCAACAGGUUCAAGGUGCGCCAUCAAUGCACCACCAAGACUAAGGCAGGCGAUGGAAAGGACGCUAUGGAGGAUGUCACCAUUGAUCAGUGGCAAAAGGACGUCCUACCAACCCUUGUGGAGGGAUUCGAGCCCAAGAAUGUGUUUAACAUUGAUGAAACCGCUUUGUUUUACCGGAUUCUUCCGCACAAGACGUUGACUCUGCGUGGAGAGCGCUACCAAGGCGGAAAGAAGAAGAAGGACAGAGUGAGUGUCCUCCUUGGCUGCAACAUGGAUGGAAGUGAGAAGCUGCAGCCGUUGGUAAUUGGCCAUUACCGGAAACCCCGUUGUUUCCGCAAUACGGAGUCGCUGCCAGUCACGUACAGGCAUUCCAAGAACGCUUGGAUGACGUCUGACAUUACGUCAGAGUGGCUCAUUUCAUUCAACACCAAGAUGGCAAAUGAGAAGCGCAACGUCAUCCUCUUCAUGGACAACUGCUCUAGCCAUGCUAAGGCAACCGCCAACGCCAACUUGAGUAAUGUCCGGAUUCAGUAUCUGCCGCCAAACUCCACAUCACGGACGCAGCCACUAGAUCAGGGCAUAAUACGGUCUGUGAAGUGCAUUUAUCGCCGCAAGCUGCUUCACCAGAUCGUUGCAGCAUUUGAUGCUGAACAAGAUCUUGAUGAUCUACUCAAGAUCAACAUCAAGGAGGCCAUUCUCUUAUUCAGUGCAGCCUGGAAUGCAGUCACCGAAAACACUAUCAAGAAUUGCUUUCGGCAUGCUGCGUUCUGCGCAGGUGUCGCAGUAACCAGUGAGCAGUGCCAGCAGGAUGAUGUCAUGGAGGAGUUGGAAGAAGCAAUGCAUCAAGCUGCCAACGUCCUUGGUGUCCCCGAAAUAGAAGGUGAUGUCGGUGCUUUUGUUUCGGUGGAUGACAAUGUGUUCACUGAAAAGUUUGCGACCGCUGAAGAGCUCCUACAUGGGCAUGCAGAGAACCAGUCAGAGUCGGAUUGUGAGGAGAGCGAUGAGGAGGAGCCCACCACACCUAUUCGUCCCAAGCCCACAUGGAGUGAAGCGUCUGUGGCCCUGCAGACAUUGGUGGAGUACAUCCAUUCAGUACCUGACUCCACGCAAGAGACCUUCGCUCACACAGCUGCCCUGAAUGAGUUUCUCGUGAAACGCGCUAUGAUGACGAAACAGAGCUCGAUCAAAAGCUUUUUUUCCGACAGCCACACCUCGGUCUACAGCGGCUACAAGUAG